AUUUUUAUAAGAGAAUUAUUAUUUUUAAUCUAUACGAAUAAUUCUAAAUGUCAUCUAUAUAAAAACAGAAAAGAGUAUUUUAUUAUUGUGAGUAUACGACCCAUUACAUGUGUACCAAAAAAGGAUUUCAUGGUACACGAUUAUAAAAUUUGUGCGGCAUGUGUCAGACUGUCAGGUUGGUGAAAACAACACCAAAGGAAAAUACACAACCAUUUUCACACGGUGUCAAUAACUUAUGAUUGCUUUGUCAAUAGAUAUUACAAUCAGAAAUCGAAGUAUAUGCCAAUAUUUGAAUGCAGAAAAGUAUAUACCACUCGUCUUUAAUUUUGUCAACGUCUUUCAAACUAUCAUUUGUUUGACUGAUUCUCUUUAUUUCUAAUUUAAGAAUUCUUAUAAAAGGGGGUGUCGCUUUCUUCAACAAGUUUUGAAUUUUUUUUUCUUCCGGUGUAGCCUUUAUUCAAUUCCAUGACAGAACCAGAGUUGACAAAGACAUACGUGCUCUGUAAUAACUCGAGUCGCUUCUUAUAUUCAUGUCAAAACUUAAAAGAGUUUCAAGUUUGGUCUCAUAUCAAGAUUACAAAAGAUGGCAGAAAGGGUAGAAGCAUCUGUUACAGAUGGAGAAAGCACGAUCGAAGAAAGAGACAGAGAACUUAUGAGGGAAUUUGAGGAGGGACUCGAUCAACCCAUGGACGAAGAAGCUGACAUGCUCAAGGACAUGCACGGAGAAAAAAGCUUUUCGAUGUUGAUGCUACUGAGACUAUCAUUCCAAAGUCUAGGGAUAGUUUAUGGCGAUCUAGGGACUUCUCCAUUGUAUGUGUUCUACAAUACAUUCCCUGAUGGAAUUGAUGAUAGUGAAGAUGUAAUCGGAGCUCUUUCUUUGAUCAUUUACUCUCUUCUGCUUAUACCUCUCAUAAAGUAUGUGUUCAUUGUCUGCAAAGCUAAUGAUAAUGGUCAAGGUAAGCUUUUAAAAAGCUUGAUCAUUGUUUUUAACCAAACCGGUUUAGUUUAUACUCAAUGUUUGUGUGCAGGUGGGACUUUAGCUAUAUACUCAUUGCUUUGUAGACAUGGUAACGUGAAUCUCAUCCCGAAUCAACAACGCAGCGACGAGGAUCUCACGACUUAUAGUCGAACUUCAGUCGCUGAAGGAUCUUUUGCUGCUAAAACAAAGAAGUGGUUGGAGAGUAGACAUUCCAAGAAGAGAGCACUUCUUGUCAUUGUUCUUAUAGGGACGUGUAUGAUGAUAGGUGAUGGUAUCUUAACCCCAGCCAUCUCCGUUCUUUCAGCCACUGGUGGGAUCAGAGUCAACAAUCCAAAGAUGAGCAGCGACAUCGUUGUGCUUGUGUCUGUCAUCCUUUUAAUUGGACUGUUCAGUAUGCAACACUAUGGUACGGACAAGGUGGGGUGGCUCUUUGCGCCUAUCGUUCUUAUUUGGUUCCUCUUCAUUGGAGCCACUGGCAUAUACAACAUCUGCAAACACGAUACAAGCGUUUUAAAAGCGUUUUCGCCAAAAUAUAUAUACUUGUACUUCAAAAGAAGAGGGCGAGAUGGUUGGAUUUCGCUUGGUGGCAUUCUUCUCAGCAUAACAGGCACGGAGGCACUAUUCGCGGACAUUUCUUAUUUCCCUUUACAAGCGAUACAGCUAGCUUUUACACUUUUUGUAUUCCCUUGUCUUCUUCUAGCAUACUGCGGACAAGCUGCGUUUCUUGUGAACCACAAGGAACAUUAUAAAGACGCCUUCUAUGCAUCUAUCCCUGAAAGCGUAUAUUGGCCGAUGUUAAUAGUGGCGACCGGAGCUGCAAUCGUUGGGAGCCAAGCUACCAUCUCAGGGACUUAUUCGAUAAUCAAACAGGCCGUGUCUCAUGGAUGUUUCCCUCGAGUUAAAAUUGUUCACACUUCCAAGAAGUUCCUAGGUCAGAUCUAUUGCCCUGAUAUUAACUGGAUACUCAUGAUUGGUUGCAUCACCGUCACUGCUAGUUUCAAGAACCAGACCGAGAUCGGAAAUGCAUACGGAACUGCGGUUGUGGUCGUGAUGCUUGUGACUACAUUACUGAUGGUGCUGACCAUGCUUCUCGUGUGGCGGCGCCACUGGAUCUUUGUCCUUGUAUUCGCCAUUCUCUCCCUCGUGGUGGAAUUGUCGUACUUCUCGGCUGUGAUCUUAAAGGUCAAUGAAGGAGGAUGGGUUCCGCUCAUGAUAGCAGCCAUCUCCCUUCUGGUAAUGUUUGUUUGGAAUUACGUAACAGUCAAGAAGUAUGAGUUUGAAGUGCACAGUAGAGUUUCCAUGAGUUGGAUCCUCGGUCUCGGUCCCAGCCUUGGGCUUGUACGUGUCCCCGGGAUCGGGUUGAUCCACUCGGAACUAGCGAGUGGUGUCCCUCGCAUCUUCUCUCAUUUUAUCACUAACCUCCCCGCGAUUCACUCCGUCGUAGUGUUUGUAUGCGUCAAGAACCUCCCGGUAUACACUGUCCCUGAAGAAGAGAGGUUUCUUGUGAAGAGAAUCGGACCAAAGACAUUCCGAAUGUUCCGCUGCGUAGCCAGGUAUGGUUACAAAGAUCUACACAGGAAAGACGACGAUUUUGAAAACAAACUGUUCGAUAAUCUCUUCUCGUUCGUCCAAACCGAAACAAUGAUGGAGUCAGAUUCAAACUAUAGCCCUUAUUCAUUUAACCAUAGACAAGAGUCCAGAGAUGAAUUGAUACGUAACAACAACAACAACCACAAUAAAAACAUGGUUAUGUUUUCAUCGAUGGUGGACUACACCGAAUCCGCUAUAGUUCCAGCUGAUUCACCGCAUAGCGCAAUGAGUUUCAGUCAGAACUACACGGUGGAGGAAGAGGAGGAGGAUGAGUUGGAGUUUCUAAAGAUUUGUAAAGAGACAGGGGUUGUCCAUAUCAUGGGAAACACUGUGGUGAAAGCAAGAAAAGGAUCAUUGGUUCCAAAGAAGAUAGCCAUUAAUUAUGUUUACCGGUUUCUUGCUAAGAUGUGUAGGGCGAAUAGUGCUAUCUUACAUGUUCCACAUGAAGCCCUUUUAAACGUUGGACAAAUCUGUUAUGUUUAGCUUUUCUUUUCUUCAACUUUUGUAAAACAAUUGCUGAUAAAAGGGUAAUAAAGGAUACUAAUCACAAGGCUAAA